UGUCUUGGUCCCCUUGUUUCAGGGGGGGGAAACUGUCAUUAACCGUAACACUCGUCUGUGUGUCCGUGAUACUCAUACAAAUACAGUCCCAUCAGCACGCAGACUCAAACAGGCUCAAGGGGAGGAGGGAUCAAUCCCCUUGUUUCUGCUUCUCUUCUCGGCACAGCUGUCUGGGUAUCCUUGUUGUCUCGUCUGAAGCAGAAAAAUGCCCUGCCUUGGCGCGACUGGCACAGCGGCGGGUGUGGAAGAGGCGAGCAGGCCAAGGGAGGAGUACAGGACCUACGAGUUGGUGCAGGGAGACGCCACGAGCGAGAGGGUCUACAACCACUACAGGUCAGUGAGAUGAGCAAAGGUCACUGAUGAGUCUCUGCGCACCUAUGUUGUGACUGUCUGUCUGUGUCUGUCUGUCUGUGUGGGUCAGGGAGCAGCACGAGAAGAUGACGUUGGAUUACGUGCGUCGGAAGAAGGCCGAGUACGGUUGCCUUGAUGGAUUGGGGAGCUACCAGCCCAAGGCCGAGUGGACCAUCCCGGAAAUCAUCCAAAGACUCGACUUCUUUGACCCCUCUGACCCUGGUCGGUGCGCUGGUUUGUCACUCGCACAAUCGCGACAAUCACAGCGCCGACGGGCCAACAUGAGCAGGGUUGACAAGUGGUCGUUGUUGCGUGCAGACUUCGAGGACAACAAUUUGUUCCACUGCUACCAGGUGAGGGAGGAGGAGACCAAUCCGGUCAUUCUCACGACGUGCCCUUGCAUGGCUUGUGUAUGUGUGUGUGUGUGUGUGUGUGUGUGACUCAUGGAUCAGACAGCGGAGCGCGCUCGUGCCCGCUACCCCGAGGAGCGCUGGCUGCACUUUGCCGCUCUGGUCCAUGACCUCGGCAAGAUCCUCUUCAUCUGGGGGGAACCCGCUUGGGCCGUGUGCGGCGACACCUACCCUGUAAGCUCACCACACCACACCCUUCCUUCACUUGGGGUGGGUAGGUAUGCUCUCGUGUGCAGCCAGCUAGCUCGGUGUGUGUGUGUGUGACUGACACACAGGUUGGUUGCCGGUUCCAGCGGGAGAAGAUAGUCUUCCCCGAGACGUUUGAUGGCAACCCUGACGAGAUGGAUGCGGUCUUGUCGAGCCCCCUUGGCAUCUACCAGCCGGGGUGCGGACUCAUGAACCUUCACAUGGCAUGGGGGUGAGCGUAGCGUGCAGCACACACACACACGCACACACAUUGACACGCAUUGACACACACGACAUCCUCCUUGUUCUGCGUCUGGAUGACUUCUCCUGGUCUCUCAGGCACGAUGAGCUGUUCUACUGGGUGAGCAAGAACACACGCACUGAGAGGAUGGCAAAACGAACGAACACGUGUGUGCGUGUGUGCCCAGGCUCUGAAGCGUGCCGAUGAAGAGCACCAUCUCCAGCUGGACCCCCGCAUCCCGUACAUUGUGCGGUUCCACUCCUUCUACCCGUGGCACAGCGGCGGCGCCUACAUGGAGUUCGAAGACGACCUCGACAGACAGAUGCUGCCCUGGAUCAAGAAAGUCAGUCACCACACAAAGCACAACGCGCCUUCAUUGAUGGAAUGUGCGUGUGUGGUUCAGUUCCAGGAGCUAGACCUGUACUCGAAGGACGGUGCCGAGAGCGCCCUGCCGGACAUUGAGAAGCUCAACAAGGAGUACUACGACCAACUCAUUGGCGAGUUUUCGCACAACGUCAAACUGAAGCUCUGAUGCGGUGAAGUAGGUCAG